AUAGAAAAUAAGAUAAAAGAAUGAAGAAAUUAUAAGGGAGAAAUUUGUGUUAAUCUCCAUUUUUUCAUACUAAUAAAUUUAUCAAUAAAAAAAGACACAUUAAAUUAAAUUAGGGGAUUGUGGAGAAGGAGCAACUAAUAAGAUGUCCAAUUUCAGUGAAAGGGGAUCAUCCUCAAAUUCUGUUUGUCGAAAUUCAGAUCGGCGACAUGAAAUUCCAUGUAUUGGACUUGGAGUGUUGGAGUGGAUUUUGUUCUAUUCUGGGCUUCAAUUCUCCUACAAAUGCGCUCCCACUUUGAUGUUGUGCCGUGGUUUUCGUUUAUUUCCUCGCUCUGUGUUCCCCUAUAUUCACUUCCUAGCGUCGAAAGAUUAGAUUAGAUUAGAUUCCACUGGAUAACACACAUUCCGCCAUGCACUAAAUAAAUACUACUAUCUAUUUUUACUCGAAAAGAUAAGAAUUUGAUCAAUCCAGAUACAAGAAAGAUCGGAGUUUGCCAUGUCGGGAGUUUGGAGAUGGACGAGACUAAGAGAGGUGGUCGGAAAAGGUUGGUGGAGGUGUGAUCAUUCUUAUUGGCAGGUGCAAAAGCGCGGCUUGGUCAAUUGCUUGCACGCUGUGAAGCGGAGGGAAUCCUUCAUCGGAGUGCAGGCAAGAUACAAGUGGGACCAGGGCGGCGGUGGCGACGAUGAGCUCCGCCCCUCUACCAGGAGGAUUAGGGCGGAGGCUAAUUGCCCUCGCUGCUCCAAGCAAAUGGAUCUCCUUUUCACCAACCGCCCCCAUCACCUGAUUCCGCCCAAUUCGGAUGCACCCGAUUCAAAUUCCGAUGCACCCGAUGCUGGUAGCAAGAGCAGUCAUAGUAAUAACAAAGAUGGUGGUGCCGAUGGGAAUGCUUUCCAGGCUGUAAAUCUUUGCCCCAACUGUAAGACGGCCUAUUACUUCAGGCCGUUCAAGAUGUCUCCUCUUCAAGGAAGUUUCAUUGAGAUUGGCAGGGUCAGAAGCAAGAACUCCAAUUCUGACAAGAAAUUGACUGAUGCUCAGGACAAUGGCAAGCGUUUUCGACCCUCCUUCUGGGAGACCUUGAGGUCGUAUGGCAGUGAGCCACCAGAAAACUGGCCCCCGCCACCGCCCCCAUCAGGAAAUGGGAUCGCCGUGCAUACCCCACCCGGCCCACCCUUUGCACCUGGUGUCAAUGUCAUUCGAGCAUCAGGCUCAGGAGGUAAUGGCAAUCGAACUGGUGCUAACAAUGGAGAUAAGACCACCUGGGGUGGGUCUAAUCUUGGCAAAAAUUUUCCAACACCAAAGGAGAUUUGCAAGGGGCUGGAUAAAUUUGUCAUCGGCCAGGAACGUGCCAAAAAGGUGCUUUCAGUGGCUGUGUACAACCACUACAAAAGGAUCUAUCAUGGAUCCUUGCCAAAGGGGUCGGAAGCUGAAUCGUCCAGAUUAGAUGUUGACGAAAAUGUAGACUUGGAAAAAAGCAAUGUGUUAUUGAUGGGCCCAACUGGCUCAGGGAAAACUCUACUUGCAAAAACUCUUGCACGUUUUGUCAAUGUACCUUUUGUCAUCGCAGAUGCAACUACUUUGACACAGGCUGGUUAUGUUGGUGAAGAUGUUGAAUCAAUAUUGUACAAAUUACUCACGGCUGCCGAGUUUAAUGUCCAAGCUGCACAACAGGGAAUAGUCUACAUAGAUGAAGUUGAUAAGAUAACUAAGAAGGCGGAGAGCUUGAACAUCAGCAGAGAUGUUUCCGGUGAAGGUGUUCAGCAGGCAUUACUGAAAAUGUUGGAAGGGACUAUAGUCAACGUUCCAGAAAAAGGGGCAAGGAAGCACCCUCGAGGCGAUAACAUUCAGAUAGACACUAAAGACAUCCUUUUCAUAUGUGGAGGUGCAUUUAUUGAUUUGGAGAAAACCAUUUCUGAAAGAAGACAGGACUCAUCAAUUGGGUUUGGAGUUCCAGUGCGUGCUAACAUGAGAGCAGGUGGAGUGAUUGAUGCUGUCGUGACUUCAUCCCUACUCGAAUCUGUAGAAAGUAGUGAUCUUAUUGCAUAUGGUCUAAUUCCAGAAUUUAUUGGGCGUUUCCCUAUUUUGGUUAGUCUGUCAGCCCUUACAGAAGAUCAACUUGUUCAGGUCUUGACAGAGCCCAAAAAUGCUCUUGGUAAGCAGUACAAGAAGUUAUUUGACAUGAACAAUGUGAAGUUACACUUUACUGAGAAAGCAUUACGGAUGAUCGCCAAUAAAGCAAUGACAAAAAAUACGGGCGCUAGAGGAUUAAGAGCCAUACUGGAAGGCCUCCUAACGGAUGCUAUGUAUGAGAUUCCAGAUGCUAAGACAGGAGAAGAUAGAGUAGAUGCUGUUGUGGUUGACGAAGAGUCAAUAGGCACGACAGACGCACCUGGAUGUGGGGGAAAAGUACUUCGUGGUGAUGGUGCUUUGGGGAGAUACCAAGCAGAGGCCAGCACCAAAGAUAGCAUGGAAGGAAAAGCCGCAGCCGAUGUUGAGCAGGAAGGUGAAUUGGAGGUCUCAUCAAGAGCAAUGAGCAUGUAGCUUGUAAGAAGGAUAUUUUUGUCGUCUUGGUUUUUUUCUUUUCCCACCCUGAUUAUAUUGUAACAGUUGAUUCAUUCAGCAUUUGUAGUUGUCAUCUUCUCAUCAUAGAUAGGGGUAUCUGAGUUGACUGGGGAUAGAAAAUAAGAGGGUACAGUAGCUAGGCGGUUCAACAUAGAUACUACCCAUGCGACAGGCAGUUUGUUGUACACUAAAAUGGUGUUUUUACACUUUUGUAUCUAUUUAUCAAAGAAAUAGCUCAUUUUACCUUUUC